AUGGACGGCGAACCCAUUCAGCAAGAGCCCGCGAGUCUGGCCAUGAAGCGGAGACUACUACAGAGCGGCCUGCGCUCUCGAUGCGAGCGAAGGUCUUGCAUCCCGGUGGACCACGGCAUACUGACGUCGGUCGCCGGGGUCAAGGCCAACAAUGGCAAUCGCCAGAAGGAACUGCGGGCGGACAUGCACGCCAUCGGUGAUAGGUUAACCGUCAGUUGGACCAAAACCGCUGUGGCUCGCCUCAAGCAGGAGUCGGUUCGACCGACAAACAGCCCGAGGGGGACACUCUGGAAGGCGUACCAGCUGCGGAAUAUGGACGGCAAACCCAUUCAGCAAAAGCCCGCGAGUCUGGCCAUGAAGCGGAGACUACUACAGAGCGGCCUGCGCUCUCGAUGCGAGCGAAGGUCUUGCAUCCCGGUGGACCACGGCAUACUGAUGUCGGUCGCCGGGGUCGAGGCCAACAACGGCAAUCGCCAGAAGGAACUGCGGGCGGACAUGCACGCCAUCGGUGAUAGGUUAACCGUCAGUUGGACCAAAACCGCUGUGGCUCGCCUCAAGCAGGAGUCGGUUCGACCGACAAACAGCCCGAGGGGGACACUCUGGAAGGCAUAUCAGCAGCUGCGGAAUAUGGACGGCGAACCCAUUCAGCAAGAGCCCACGAGAGCGAAUUGGAAGGGUUUUGCUUGGUCAUGA